AUGGAAGUUGGGGAGUGUAUAAACAAGUUGGUAGAAACUUCCAAGUAUAGUAAUAUGAGUUUGAACGAUUCAAGGACUACCCUGUUUGGUCCAUAUUCAUUUAUCAAUAUUUCAUGUGGAAAAGAAGAAAUAGAUGAUGUUCAAUAUGGCUGGAAAAACAUGGUUGAGGUGAUUUUAGUGACGAGAAUUGUUCAGAAUCUGUACAAAGUAAUUGACAUUAAGGAGUUGCAAGGUGAAAAGAUCGAUAUAAUUGUGUUGUCUACUGUAAGAUCCAAUUCUGAUGGUACAAUUGGGUUGCUUUCCAAUCCUGAGAGAGUUAAUAGAGCAUUUACAAGUGCCAGAGACUGUCUAUGGAUUCUGGGAGAUGAAAGAACACUAUCUAGAGGUACAAAUUCUUUCUGGAAAUUGAUUAUUCGUGAUGCGAAAGGACGGAAGUGUUUCUUUAAUGUUGAGCAACACAAAGACCUCGGUAAAUUUGUGGGAGAAGUCAAGAAAGAGCUUGAUCAAUUGGAUGAAUUGCUCAAUCCUGACAGUAUACUUUUCAUGAAUGCCAAAUGGAAGGUCAGCUUUAGUGAUAAUUUUGUGAAAUCAUUUGAAAAAAUCAAGUCAUCUCAGAAGAAGAAUUUAGUGAUGAACAUGCUAUUGAGGCUAGCAAAUGGCUGGAGGCCUAAGAUGGGUGUUCUAAUUACUUGUGAUGAAUCAAAACAAACUCUGAAACAAUGCAAGGUUAAGGAUUUGCAUGUAAUUUGUUCAAUUGACAUAGAGAAGGAACAAUAUUGGUAUGUUCAAGUCUUGAAAGUCUGGGAUGUGCUGCCACCUGUAGAUGUUUCUAAACUGGUCAAGCUUCUUGAUACCGUGUUUCUGACAUACGUCGCUGAUGAUCUUAAUCGUUGUAAGACCAAAUGUGUUGAAGGGGAUUUGGAGGUUCCUAUGAGCUGGGAAACCUCCCAUGAUAAUGUUUAUUAUGAAAAACAUAACCACAUUGAAGAAGGGAUAAGAUUUACUACUGAACCUUUUGAUUAUAGUAUAAGAAACCUUGAGGAUUUCAAAAUGACUGAAAAUUUGCAACUGAUGAAAUUCUACCCUUUGACUUCUGAUAUGGUGAGACACUUGCUCUCUGAUUCAAGUAUUGGUACAGAAAUGAUACUUCCUUUCAAACUAACAAAUCAAGAAAUAGAGGCUGUUCAUUUCGAUAGAACCUCCUUCAUUCUUGGGAGAUCAGGAACCGGAAAAACAACAGUUCUAAUUCGAAAGUUAUUUCACAAAGAGCAGUUAUAUCAUUUGACUUCAGAAGGUUUUCAUGUACUUGAUUCUUGUACUACAAAUGAAAAAAUUAAAGAAGAUGAUGAAAGUGUUAAAGAAGGUGAGGAGACUUUUUUGCGCCAGAUUUUUGUGACAGUCAAUCCUAUACUGUGUGGUGCUGUAAAAGAGCAUGUUGAAGGCUUGAAAAGAUUUGCUUGUGGUGGGAAAUCAGCUGAAAAUUCAGUCUCAGAUUCAGAUGUUCCAGACUCUUUUAAGGGUCUCCAUCGUAGUCUUUUCCCACUUGUUAUAUCAUAUCACAAGUUUCUCAUGAUGCUAGAUGGAACACUAGGGAAUUCAUUCUUUGAUAGAUUUCCUGAAGCAACAAGAGGUGCAACAUCAUUGGCCCGGGAGAAUUUUAUCAGAAUGAAGGAAGUGAAUUUUGACAAAUUUGAACAAUCUUAUUGGCCUCAUUUUAAUAGAAAGAUCACAAAGAGCCUUCCAUCAUCAAUUGUAUUUGCAGAAAUAAUGUCUUGCAUAAAAGGUGGAUUGCAGGCUUUGAGUUGUCAUGAAGGUGUCAAAGGACUUAGGUGA